AUGCAUUUUGUGUGCCUGCUGGUACUAAUCGCAAGAUCCUAGUUUUCAAUCUAGGUUAUAUGCAGAAUUGGGUUACUAAAUCAAUGGUUUACGGAUGUAGGCUACUAGUGUAGUACACACCAGAAUGAGUUCGGGUGCAUUGGGGUUAUCACAAGAAAGAAUCAAUGAGCGAGAAACUUUUGUGAAUAGGUACGCAAGUGGCAAUUAAUGAAUGAAAGCCGAAUUUUUCAAUUAAUUAUACAAGAAUGCAAGUGGAGUAUUUCGAAACGCAGCAUGCAUUUAAUUGUGCCACGCGACUAAUGCAGUUUCAAGUGUUGUGGGGCGAAUUGAAAAAAUGAAGCAGUUUCUUAAAAGGCUUGUGUACGAAAUUUUGGUUUCUUAGGCACAUUUGAAUUUUUUCGAAACGACUUAAGAUGGAAUUUGGGUUUUUUACAAUCGACAUUUUGUUGUCAGUUUGACACAUCGCCAAUAAAAAAUGUCCAAAAAUGCCAAUCUUCUAUAUGAUGAAAUAUUAAAAGACUCCGAUGCAAGAAAUGCGGUCCAAAGCGCACCAGUUCACAUUUCAGACUCUAAACCAACUAAUGAGCCCUUACAUCGUACUAGUAGCAAUACGGAAAAAUUGAAAACUGUAAUCACAUCGGAAAGGCUAGCGCAACUGCGGAAAUGCGUCGAUGAUGCCAUAAAAGAACACAAAACCUUCACCAUCAAAGGAGGUUGGCAGAGUCUGAGAAACCAGUUUCUUCUCAGAGGUUGGAUUGAAAAAUUUGAACCAACUCCUCCAAAACCAAAAACUUCGCUCAAGGAUUCGAAUAGUUUUUUGGACGAUGUAUUUCUCAACCUGCCUCCGAAACAUACGUGGGAGAGCGAUACCAGCUAUGUGGUAAAAUGUGAGCGUACCAUUAUGUCACGAAUGCUACAAAACCACCCCGUCGAUUUUUACUGGAACAUGAAGAGGGAGGCUACCGACUGGCAUCAUAGAAUUAACACCCAUCAAAUUAUGAACAGAUUUGUGCGCUCGUUGUUCACGUCCAAAGAAGGAUUAAAUUUGUUGUUACAACAGAUGCAUUGGUACUGCGAACCUGGAACCUCCGUCGUUAAUUUUCCGAGAUGUUACACCUUGGGAUUUCCCGAUCACUUUAAUAACUUUAUUGAUGACUUCAGAAUCACCUCUUGCAUAAAUUUGCUCAAAUGGCUGACUAAAAAGUAUCAAUACAGAGAUGAGAGUCUCGUUAAGUCCUUCGACGGGAAAGUACCGCACACUGCCCUACAAUUCGCGUUAGAUCGAUCCAAUGAGUAUUUAGCAGUUCAACGGCAUGCUGAUAUUGAUCGCGAGACUGCCAACGUGUGGGACCACGAAUGGGACCAAUUUUUAACUCACUAUUAUUGUAUCGUCCACGAGCAUGGUUUAAUUAUAGAUUCCAACGAGUGGAGCCUUCCACUAUUCAAUGCGGCUGCGAAAUCGGUUUUGAACGAAUUAAGAAAGUAUAUGCCGAUGUUUGACGUGGAUGGGCUGAAAAACGUUUGGAUUUUGAAACCUGGCAACAAAUGUCGCGGAAGAGGAAUUCAUCUGAUUAAGCACAUGGAUGAUGUUAAAAAAGUAAUGAGUUUAAAGUUAAAAUACGUUGUUCAAAAAUAUAUAGAGAAACCAUUGCUGAUUUAUCAAACCAAGUUCGACAUAAGGCAAUGGUUUAUGGUGACAUCGGUGCAACCGCUCCAUAUAUGGAUGUACGGUGAAUGCUAUCUUCGAUUCAGCACGCAAAUAUUUAACCUUGAAAACUUUCACGAAUCUCUACAUCUUACAAAUCAUGCAGUCCAAUGCAAGUACGCCAAUUAUACGCAAAGAGACAAAUCACUACCAGAACAGAAUAUGUGGGAUAGCAAUAUAUUUAAAAAUUACUUGAAAGAUAUUGGAAAACCAACCGUAUGGGAUGACAUUAUAUUCCCUGGUUUACGUGAAAAUAUAAUUGGAACAAUGUUGGCAUGUCAAGAUACAAUGGAUCGUAGAGCAAACACCUUUGAGUUAUACGGUGCAGAUUUUAUGCUUGGCGAAGAUUUUCAGCCUUGGCUGCUGGAAAUAAACUCAUGCCCCGAUUUGUCACCAUCCACAAACGUAACCAGACGGAUGUGCCCACAAUGUCUGCAAGAUGUUGUCAAAGUAAUGAUAGACAAUCGUAGAAAUCCAAGUGCAGACACUGGUCAAUUUCGACUAGUUUACAAGCAAAAUUUGCCGAAACCUCCUCUAUAUCUUGGAAUGAGUCUGCUGGUACGCGGAAGAAGAUUAUUUAAAACGAAGAAAGCCAAAUCAAAAGAGUCCAAGGAGAAACUGACACUAUUACAAGACAUCACCGAUGCUACGAUCAACAGGCAAUUUCCAAAAUUAAGUCCAGUUUCAGAUUACAACGGUCCUGUUAUAAAAGAUUUUAUUGAAGAUAUUAUCCACGCGCCUUCAAUGGAAUCAAGUGGAUACGAAUUUAUCCCCGCACUCCCAUCCACUUCGGCCAAAAAGAAACACUCGAGUAAACACGAAAGGAAAUCAAAACGUACAAGAGAACGCUAAGAUUAUGGAAGUUGGCUAUAAAAAAUUUCGCAGUAUGUUCAUCAAAAGCGCUUACUUUGGUCUAUUUCAGGACUGGAAAAUUAAAAGUAAAUUCGCGAUCACUCCCGAAGACAAGCUCCAUUUAUGUCAUGAAAAUAUCGAUAAGCCAAGCACUAACCUUUUGAAAAAUAAUUCAAUUUUAACCACAUACGCAAUGCAGAAUCCAAACAAAAGUAAUAAUGAAAGUGUAAUCAAUAAAAAAUGUAAAGAGCAACAGCGCCUACCGUGUGUAAAUGUCAAACUUUCGUUUCCGCAAUUGCAUAAGAUAGAACCUAAGCUAAACUUGGAAAAUACCUCGAAAGAGUCGAAAAAAAUGUAGAUGUUUGUUCAAAGUGAACUCUUUCUUAGUGUUUGUGUUAGACUGUUUUGGAAAGAGGCAUAGAGAAAAUAGAUUGAAGCACUGAUCAACCCACAUGUUGAUAUUGUAGGCACGUAAAAGAAUAUAGGUAUCGAAAAGUUUCUUGUUAUUAAAUGAAGACAAAUUGAUCGAAUCUAUUAUUGUGCUAC